AAAAAUUUCACAGACUUGACUCUGUAUGAAAAGAUUCCCUGUGGGUAGAAUUGCCUUUUAUUGUGGCUAUUUAUCACUGCUGAGAUAGCCAACAGUAUGGCCAAGUGGUCUUAAAAUAGGAUGGAGGAUUUGCCGCAGUAAGGUGCAAGAAAUAUAUUUUUCUGGAUCAAUGCUGCUGUAUUGUGUUCUAUAACUAUGCAAUCCAAAAUUUCCAGAUCCAGAGUUUUCAUAUUAGCAAAUAAAAAUACAACGUGACAAGCCAGUAUAGAACCUUGAAAAUGCACUCGCAUUGGUAAUGUAACAUGGGCACAAGCCUGCAGACAUCUGGAAACCACGGUUUUACAAGACUUCACCACAAUGUCAUCUAUAUGAAACUCAACAUAGAUUAGAUGAUAGCAAUACGAACUGCAUUUUCAGUGCAAGGUCUACAAUGACAAGUACACAACCUGGCUCCAAAUUCCUAACUUCUAUUGUGCUGCACAAAUCCUUCCAUGCGGACAUGGCUACAGAGAGAGACACCCUCCUGGAGAAAGCAUACCCAGAAGUGCAGGCCUUCUGUCAGAAGCACGGCCUAAUGUUUGAGGGACUUCUGGGGGACCACUACGGGCACCAGACUGUGUCUCGGCUCAUUGUGGAGAAGGAAUUUGAAGCCCUAACUCUGCAGCUGUCAGGGGACUCUGCCCAGCUCAUGACACAGUGGUACCAGCGGGACGAGAACGCGCUGCCCACCUGCUAUGUGCUGCAGCCGGCUGACAGGCAGGCCUGGCAUUGCCUGGAGAGACGCCUGGCCUCAGCGCUGCGCGUGGCAGCCCAGAAAGCAGAGAGGUGUGGGCUGCUUGGCCCAGAGCAGAGGCACUGCUACCACAAAUCAGCAAUUGAAUGGGAGAUUGAACAGGGUCUCCUCAAUAGCCAGGAGAGCAACCCAGGGGCUUUCAUAUUCCUCAGAGAGGGUGAGGAUUCCAACAGACAAAUUGGGCAAGCAACAAACAGUGAGCUGUUAGAAGAAGAGGACAAUCUGGACAGCGAAGCUAAACAGCUGCUCAGCAACCUUAAAGCAAAAAUUGCAAGCCAUUAUCCCGAACACCUCAAAGUACACACACUGGCAUACAGUAAAGACUCUGGGAACCCUCGGUGCAAGGAGAGAAAUAAAUACCUGAAACAACUUUGUGAGCAGUUCACUGCUGUCACUAAUCACCAGGUUUUAGAGAAUCUUCGAUACUGAGGAGAGAUCAGCAAGGAGCCAGGGCGACUUCUGCAGGAGCUGGGCCACCACACAGCUCUGUGCCUGAAGAACUGCAGAUUUUUCUGUGGGAGGCAGAAUUUAUCAGAUAGCAUUUUUCACCGUAUUAGGCAGAACAAUGAUAAAACCCACACAACCCUCAUCCUUUGUGGGCUGCCAGGCUGUGGAAAAACAGCUGUGAUGUGCAAACUAUCUGAGCGGGUGCAAGCUGUUUUAGGGCAAGACAGUGUAGUUGUGAUUCGUUUGCUGGGGACAUCCCAGCUCAGUUCUGCCAUUUACAGCCUGCUGAGGGACUUUUGUCUCCAAGUGUGUUUAGCAUUUGAUUUGCCACCACCUCCAAGCCAGACCAAACAGGCUUGCAGUGAUUUAGUCUUGUUCCUCAGUAAACUCCUCCUCACUGUCUCCCAUUGUGGAACACAGACACUGAUGGUGUUCCUUGACUCUGUGGAAAGAUUACUUCCUAAUGAUGGUGCUCACACAUUCUACUGGCUCCCUACAGACUGCCCUCCAAAGGUUCACAUCAUCAUUUCCAUUUCCACAGCAGAGCCUGAUACUCUGAAAGCUCUCCAACACACUGUGCCUGAGGCUGAAGCAUAAUCUGAAGUAGGACCCUUAUCCUGUGAGGAAGGUGAGGAGAUGCUAGAGAAGCUCUUAGCAUCAGACACACGAUGGCUAAGCCCAGGUCAAUGGGCCUGUUUCCAUCAGAGCUUCCCUAGUGGUGGGCAAGCCCUGCUCUUCAAGCUGGCCUUCCAUGAGGCCAGAAAAUGGAUAUCUUACACUUCACCUUCAGAACUAGUGAUUGCUAGCACAGCCCAGGAUGCCAUGUACCGUCUGUCCAAGAGACUGGAAAAGUCACACGGCACAGUCCUUGUGGCUCACGUGCUUGGCUAUAUUGCUUCCUCACGAAAUGGGCUGUCAGACACGGAGCUGAAGGACAUUUUAUCCCUUGACAAUGAAUUUCUCUCAGAGAUUCACCACUGCCACGUUCCUUCAAGUAAAACUAUCCUGCGCCUUCCUCCUCUCUGCCGGGCACGGCUACGCAGUGACAUGGGAGAGUGCCUGGCAGAAUGGAAGGCAGAUGGCUUCACCCUUCUUUGCUUUGCACACAGGCAAGUUGUUGAAAUGAUGCAGAUUCGUUAUUUAUCAAAACAAGACCAAAUCAAGAGGCAUUUUCUCCUGGCAGAUUUCUUCAAGGGAACUUGGAGCUGGGGAAUGAAGAAACCUCUUACAUUGCCACACCUUAGCAGGACUUUGAAUGCUGACAGGAAGGUAGCCCCUCAGCCACUCUGGUUCUCUGAUACUGUUGCAAAUCUGAGGAAGUUGAGUGAAUUGCCAUUUCAUUUACUUAAAGCUGGACGAAUUCAGGAGCUAAACCAGGAUGUGCUGGGGAAUAUGAACUGGAUCAGCUGUAAAAUAAUUGCCUCUGGAAUAGAGAGUGUUGUUGAUGACUUUGCCAUGUGCACUGAAUGCAUCAGCUGUCCAGAACUGCACCUUGUGCAGGACAUACUUCUCCUUUUGAAGCCUGCAGUCAGCAGUAUACACAGCCCUGAAGUGAGUAUAAUAUACACAGAAAUGUUGGCCGCGCUUCUUUUUUUCGUGCCUUCUUACCCGGAGGUAAUCAGGAAGCUGUGCCAGCAGUGUCUAAGCUGGUGCAGUGUCUGUCCCUAUCCUGUUCUCAUUCCACGGUGUGGAUUUCUCCAGCCACCUGGUGGGGCCCUACACAGAACACUCACCGGAUUCCUCAAAGGUGUCACAGUGAUAGCACUUCGUUCUGAUUACCGGCUGCUGGUGGCAGGUUCCCACGAUGGCUCAACGCUUGUCUGGAAUAUGGAAGUUUUUGAGAUGCUGCACGUCCUUCCUGGGCACUCUGCUGAGGCGAGGUGUGUGAAAGUGUUUGGAAAAGGAACCUGUGCUGUUUCAGCUGCCACGGAUCACAGUCUGCGCAUCUGGAAUUUGAUUUCUGGCAGAGCAAAGUUUAUCAUCCGGGAUACACAUAUCGAAGAACAGCCCUCACAUCACCUUCAUGUGGAUGAGGGGCAUAUGAUUGUAUAUUCUUCCUCAGAAAGACUGGUCAAUGCUUGGCACCUGGAGACAGCAGAACUCAUCUUCCAGAUUUCUGGAGAGGCAUCAGAUGCAUGGAUGUGUUCUGCAGUGUUCAGCCCAAGGCUGGUGAUUAUGACUGUGUCUGAAGGAGGAAUGCUAAAUCUGUGGAACAGCAACACUGGCGAGCUGAUCAAAUGUCACCUAUCAGGGCUACAGGAAGAAACACCAACAUGCAGUGUUCUGAUCCAGAAGCAAGGGAAGAUGAUAGUGGGAUUUAGCGGGGGAUCUCUAUCCAUGAUCUCUUCUGAUGGAAACAGUCUGCUAAAGAAGCUUCCUGGAAGGGUUCACUUUGCGAUGGUGUCAGAAGAUGAGUCUAUUCUUGCUGCAGGCUUUGAGGAGUAUGUGCGAGGGUACAUGGCAAACCCAAAGGGAUUCCACAGGUUCCUACCGGCAGAUUUGAAACAUGAAGGAGUGGUUCAUACAGCUGUUAUCUCUGCUGGCAACAGCAUUAUUGUUACUGGUUCUCAGGCUGCAUCUAUCCAAGUAGGGAGGGAGGAAGGCUGGGCAUCUUCCCAAUCAGAAAAAACCUUGGCACCUGUCCCAAAUACAGGCUGCGCUGCAUUGUCCCAUGGGGGGAACUAUGUCUAUUUUACCCAGCCUGAAGACACACAGAAAGUCAUCAUCUGGAACGCCACAGAAGGUGAAGUGCAUGACACACUGGACACCUCUGCCCAAGUGAGAUGCCUGGAAAUAGCUGAACAAAACCAGCUCAUUUUCACAGGGCUUGUAUCUGGAACAGUCCUUGUCUUUUCACUGAACUCCAGGCAGGAUGUAGCAUGCAUCCCACCUCCAGAGUCACAGAAACCAGUCAACGACAUGGCAAUCAACAAACAGGAAAAGCAGCUUGCCAUAGCAUAUGAUGAUUUAGUCCUUGUGCUGGAUAUUAUGCCUGCAGAUCCAUGCCCAGUGAUCGACAGGCCCACCUACACCUUUAAAACUCAGAUCCCUGGCUCUCUGAUUUCCAGCGUGGCUGUCCUUGCAGAUUACAGAGUCCUCUAUGGCAUGACUAGCGGGGACUUAUUCCUUUACGACUGCCCUCGGGCCCAAGUGUUUCCUUUGGAAGGUCACAGAAGCCAGAUCUCUUGUUUGGAAAGCAGCCACGGAGAGCAGCAAGCACUCAGUGGAUCUGAAGAUUCCCUGCAGCGUCUCUGGGACUUGGAGUUCUGUCAGCAGGAACACGAGAUGUGCUAUUACAAGCCCACAUCGCUCCUGAAAGGCAUUUGCUGUGCUUGCUUCUCAAAAGAUAAGUACUUGUACACUGGGUCGCUGGAUCAGUCCAUUACAGUCUGGGAUGUUGCAAGUGGUGCCUUGCUGGCUGUACAGUGUGUAUACACAACUGCUAACAGAAUUGUACCAACUGCAGAUGGAUUUGUUGCAAUAACAGAAGUUGGUUAUAUAAUUCACAAGAAGUUUCACUGUCCUAAGACCACCCCUCCUCGGUAUAACCCACUCCAGAACAUUGUGGCAACGGGUAUGGUAAAAUCCAGAAAGACAGAGAGGGAAAACUCAAACAAGCAACAGUACAACCAAGGAAAUUCUUCUGGGAGCCUGAUUCAUACCAGCAAACUCUCUCAAAUCUGUUCAGUGACGUAAAAAGCAAAGAUGAAUAGGAUAAACCAGCAUAAACACCCAGGAUUGAGCUUGCAGGUUUCUCUUUCUAUCCUUUUGCCUCAGUGUCUCAGAAUUACAAUAUUAAACAUUGC